CUCAGCUUCCCCGCGUACCUAUCUUCCGUGUUUCUUGUACAUCCAAAAUCACUCCUAGUUUUGCAACCGAUCUCGUGUUUCUGACCCCGAAACUUCUUCAAAAUGUCCGACUACGAAGAUGAGAUGGACGUGGACGCGCCCGCCGUCGACGCCCCGGUCAAGUUCACUUCAGACAAUACGAAUUCGAAAGGGAAAAGAAGCGCUGCAAAUUUACCAGUAGAAGCCGAAGACUCCUUGCCAUGGGUCGAAAAAUACAGACCGAAUACUUUGGACGAUGUGGAGGGCCACCAAGACAUUCUGGCAACCAUCAACAAGUUCGUGGAUACAAAUAGGCUGCCUCAUCUCUUGCUAUACGGACCCCCAGGAACAGGAAAGACAUCGACAGUCCUCGCUCUUGCACGACGAAUAUACGGAACCAAGAACAUGAGGCAGAUGGUCUUGGAACUGAAUGCUUCAGAUGACAGAGGCAUCGAUGUUGUGCGAGAACAAAUCAAGACCUUCAGCAGCACGAAGCAAAUCUUCUCCGCGGCACCCCAACCAGGCGACCAUGCAACACUUGCUACCUUCAAACUCAUCAUCCUCGACGAAGCCGACGCAAUGACUUCUACCGCACAGAUGGCUCUACGAAGGAUCAUGGAGAAAUACACUGCAAACACCCGCUUCUGCAUUAUCGCAAACUAUACCCACAAACUCUCACCCGCACUUCUUUCCCGGUGUACACGAUUCCGCUUCUCGCCAUUGAAAGAGCCCGAUAUUCGGCGGCUAGUGGACAAAGUCAUUAUAGAAGAGAACGUAAAUAUCACACAGGACGCCACUGAAUCUCUAGUCACAUUGAGCAAGGGAGACAUGCGACGAGCUCUGAACGUUCUCCAAGCGUGCCAUGCUUCAAGCACCCCACUACAAAUUCCAGGCAAACCAGCGCCAGAUCCCAAGACUAUCGUCCGUGAUCAGAUCACGCAAACCACGAUCUACGAGUGCAUUGCUGCACCGCAUCCGGAAGACAUCUACCGGAUAAUGGAGUUGCUCCUGACAACUUCGGAUGUUACGCAGUGUGUCAAGACAAUCGGUACGCUGAAAGCAGCAAAGGGUUUGGCGUUGGCGGACAUCCUAGCUGCGCUAGGAGAGGAGUUGGUUAAGCGGGACGUUCCGACGCAAACUAUGGUCACGUGGAUGGAGGGGCUUGCGGAGAUUGAGUACAGAUUAAGUGGCGGUGGUAGCGAGGCCAUCCAGACAGGAGCGGCGAUUGGGGUGGUGCGGACCGGAGUAGAGUUGAUGGCUAAGGGAAGAAAAUGAAUGUUUGAAGCUUCCAGGCGAACUUCAGCGUAUGAUCCACAGAUCUUUCAGGGCGUCAUGAUUCGGUACCUCAUUUUGAGGGUUUCAAUCAACUCUACUAAUGUAUACCACGCCUUGUGGAGUUUUGCUGACAUGACAAGCUAGAGAGUCUCCGUAGAGGUGACUUCAACAUUCUCCUACUCAACUAUAGCCAGAAGAUCGUUACCACUAACGAUCCGCUUUCAAGAUACGGCAUUCACUCCUUCCAAAGUACCAAGAGGCCAAAAAGGAAAUAGCGAAAUGCUUCACGUCCGGCGCCAAGGAUCGAACUUGGGUCUUGCGAGGCGGAACUCAAUUCGGGCCCGGCCUACGAAUAAGUCCCUAGCCUAACAACAUGCUAGCCAACUACAGCACACCGGAUUGGGGACUGUCGUGCAAUGAAUAAGCUCAUAUGCUCAUGGCGGUCACUUCCGGGUGGAUGUAGGUACUCUCUUAUAUCUUUCAAC